AUGGUUCACUCUGAGCACGACGACAAGUUCUGGUCGCUCUUCCGAGUCCUCAUGGAGGAGUCCAAGGAGCUCGACUGGACUCAGGGGAACGGACAGCAGGUCGGUGGCCCGGCCCGGCCAGAGGAUGCAGCAGGUGCUGCGCAACCCGAAGUAGGACGGCGACUAGGAGGAGGAGCAGGAGGAGAGGAGGAGAGGCAGGUGCGAGGGUCGGUGGCUCACGUCCCUGCUCGAGCCCUGGCCGCCGCAGCUGCUAGCGAGAGGAUGCAGGACUCGAGGCCCUCGGAGCCUCAGCAGCCCAGCAUGCUGGGGCUGACGCUCACAGACAAGGACGAGACUCGAGAGCCAGAGACUGCCACCGAGCCGGCGCCAGAGGGGCAGAGGAUGCAAGAGUCCGCAGGAGACGAGCUGGGGGAGAGCUCGAGAGGAGAUGAGGAGAUGGGAGAGGCCCCGGACCCCCUGGAGGAGCUACAGAUGAUGGGGUUCUCAGCCGAACAAGCCCAGCAGCCCUCAGCAAGUUCCACGGGAGCCUCGUACGAGCUGCCGACUGGCUGCUCGCCGGCAGCUGGGACGAGGGGGCGGCGGAUGAUGCCCGACAACAAGCAUCCGGAGUUGGAGCCCAGCUGCCAGCGGAGGGUCCAGAUGAAUUUCAGGAAUUGCGGGAACGCGUUGGGAAUACUGUUCGUCUCGAGCUUGGAGGCUCGACCGGAGGCAGCUCGAGUGGCGCUAGAGACUGUGCUGGGGAUUUUCAGACGCAUCACCGACUCCCCUAGCGAGCAGAAGUUCCGCAAGAUUCGUAUCAGCAAUCAAACGUUCCAGCACAAGGUCGCCAGCCAUGCUGGCGGUAGAGAGCUCCUGCUCUCUGCCAACUUCCGCUACUCCGGAGAGGAUUCCCUGGAGUAUCAGCACGAAGACAUAGUUCCCCUCCUCGUCGCCUCCUCGGACUGUAUCAGGUACUCGAAGUCGCCCUGCAGUUCCUCCCAUGACGAUAUCGUGCUGCUCGACAACUUUGAAACUAGAACUUGA